CACUCUGCUAUGAAUGUGUCUGAGGAGAGAGAGGAGGGAGGUCCUACCUCUAAUACCACUUUGUCUGGGGAACAUGACAGCCAGACAAAAGCUAAGAGCCCAGUCCAGCAGGAGAGACCAGACUCCCCUGUACCCAGCUGUGUGUCCAUCAAGAGUGACCACUCUAUGGAAAUACCUAUUACAUUCAAAGAUAGACACCACUCUACUGAACAGAGCAGGAUCCAUCAGGAGAGACCAGACUCCCCUGUACCCAGCUGUGUGUCCAUCAAGAGUGACCGGUCUAUAGGGAUACCUCUUAGAUUCAAAGAUGGACACCACUAUACUGAACAGAGAGACCACCAGGAGAAGUCAGAGGUUGUCAGUGGUCAGUCUGUCCAGGAGCAUGAAACAGACCUGGACUCCAUAUUUAUGCUCCUUGAGGAGAAGAUUUUCACUUUUGUGAAGGAGGAACUGAAGAGGUUCCAGGAGGUUCUGAGUCCAGAUUACCCAGAGUGCUUAGAGAGAAAGAGGGAGGAAGAGGAGGAGCAGAGGAGGAGCGCCAGAGAGGCACUUCUGAAGAUCACACUGCACUUCCUGAGGAGUAUGAAGCAGGAGGAACUGGCUGACUCUCUGGAGAGCAGUAAGAGACUCUUGAUUCCCUGGUUUGUUUAUUCAGAAACCCCUGUUACCUUGUGCCGGAGUAAUCUCAAAGCAGCUCUGAAGGAGAAGUUUCAGUGUUUGUUUGAGGGCGUUGCUAAACCAGGAGAGUCAACACUUCUGAAUCAGAUCUACACAGAGCUCUACAUCACAGAGGGAGGGAGUGGAGAGGUCAGUAAUGAACAUGAGGUCAGACAGAUUGAAACAGCAUCCAGGAAACCAGCGAGACCAGAAACACUGAUCAAAUGUGAAGACAUCGUUAAACCCUUACCUGGACAAGAUAAACCAAUCAGAACAUUGAUGACAAAGGGGGUGGCUGGCAUCGGGAAAACAGUCUUAACACAGAAGUUCACUCUGGACUGGGCUGAAGACAAAACCAACCACAAUAUACACUUCACAUUUCCAUUCACGUUCAGAGAGCUGAAUGUGCUGAAAGAUAAAGAGUUCAGCUUGGUGGGACUUCUUCAUCACUUCUUUAUUGAAACCAAAGAAGCAGGAAUCUGCAGCUUUGACCAGUUCCAAGUUGUGUUCAUCUUUGAUGGUCUGGAUGAGUGUCGACUUCCUCUGGACUUCCAGAACAAUGAGAUCUGGACUGAUGUCACAAAGUCCACCUCAGUGGACGUGCUGCUGACAAACCUCAUCAAGGGGGAACUGCUUCCCUCUGCUCGCCUCUGGAUAACUACACGGCCUGCUGCAGCCAAUCAGAUCCCUCCUGAGUGGGUUGACAUGGUGACGGAGGUCAGAGGGUUCACUGAUCCACAGAAGGAGGAGUACUUCAGGAAGAGAUUCAGAGAUGAGAAGCAGGCCAGAAGAAUAAUUUCACACAUCAAGACAUCACGAAGCCUCCACAUCAUGUGUCACAUCCCAGUCUUCUGUUGGAUCACUGCUACAGUUCUGGAUCAUGUGUUGAGAACAGAUGAGAGAGGAGGAGAGAUGCCCAAGACCCUGACCAAUAUGUACAUCCACUUCCUGGUGGUUCAGUCCAUCCAGGGGAAUGUGAAGUAUCAUGGGAGAUCUGAAACAGAGCCACCCUGGAAGACAGAGAGCAGGGAGAUGAUUAUGUCUCUGGGAAAACUGGCCUUUGAACAGAUGGAGAAAGGCAACCUGAUCUUCUAUGAAGCAGACCUGACAGAGUGUGGCAUUGAUAUCAGAGCAGCCUCAGUGUACUCAGGAGUGUUCACACAGAUCUUUAAAGAGGAGUGUGGACUGUACCAGGACAAGGUCUUCUGCUUUGUCCAUCUGAGCAUUCAGGAGUUUCUGGCUGCUCUUUAUGUCUUUCUCUCAUUUAUCGACACUGGAGUCAAUCUGCUGUCAGAAACACAGUCAACCUCCUGCAGGUCUAAACCACUUGGAGACAAAUGUGAAAAACCAGACCUCUACCAGACAGCAGUGGACAAGGCCUUAGAGAGUCCAAACGGACAUCUGGACUUGUUCCUGCGUUUCCUCCUGGGCCUGUCACUGGAACCCAAUCAGAAUCUCCUACGAGGCCUGCUGGAAAAGACGGGAAGUAAAUCACAGACCAAUCAGCAAACAGUCUGGUACAUCCAGAAGAAGAUCAGGGAGGAUCUCUCUCCUGAGAGAAGCAUCAAUCUGUUCCACUGUCUGAAUGAACUGAAUGAGCAUUCUCUAGUGGAGGACAUCCAACAGUACCUGACAUCAGGAAGACUCUCCACAUACCGACUCUCUCCUGCUCAGUGGUCAGCUCUGGUCUUCAUCUUACUGUCUUCAGAAAAGGAGCUGGACGUGUUUGACCUGAAGAAAUACUCUUCUUCAGAGGAGGGUCUUCUGAGGCUGCUGCCUGUGGUCAAAGCCUCCAAUACAGCUCUGUUGAGUUCCUGUAAUCUGUCAGAGAGAAGCUGUGAAGUAUUGUCCUCGGUUCUCAGCUCCAACUCCACUAGUCUGAGGGAGCUGGACCUGAGUAACAAUGAUCUGCAGGAUUCAGGAGUGAAGCUGCUCUCUGCUGGACUGGGGAGUCCACAAUGUAGACUGGAAACUCUCAGGCUGUCGGGCUGUCUAGUCACAGAGGAAGGUGUUUCUUCUCUGCUCUCAGCUCUGAGCUCCAACCCCUCCUAUCUGAGAAAGCUUGACCUGAGCUACAACCAGCCAGGAGACUCAGGAGGGAAGCUGCUCUCUGCUGGAUUGGAGGAUCCACACUGGAGACUGGACACUCUCAGGCUGGACCAUGCUGGAGUGUGCAGGUUGACACCAGGUGUGAGGAAGUAUGCCUGUGAACUCACACUGGACCCAAACACAACACACAGAGACCUCCUUCUGGCUGAGGACAACAGAAAGGUGACACGGGUGGAAGAGGAGCAGUCAUAUCCUGAUCAUCCAGACAGGUUUUACUCCUGGAGACAGGUUCUAUGUAGAGAGAGUCUGACUGGCCGCUGUUACAUGGAAGUAAAGUGGGAAGGAGUGGUUUAUAUAGGAGUGACUUACAGAGGAAUCAGAAGGAGAGGAGGAGGUGAUGACUGUCUGCUUGGAUGCAAUAAAAAGUCCUGGAGUCUCUUCUGCUGUUGUGAUGAAUACACUGUCUGUUAUAAUAAUAGAGUAACAGAGAUAUGUAUCUCCCCCUCCUCCUCUGACAGAGUAGGAGUGUAUCUGGACUGGUCUGCUGGAACUCUGUCCUUCUACAGAGUCUCCUCUGACACACUGACACACCUCCACACCUUCACCUCCACAUUCACUGAACCUCUCCAUGUUGGGUUUGCGUUUGAAUUAUGUGGCUCCUCAGUGUGUAUGUGUUAGAUAGAGGAGGUAGAGACGCCUCCUGUGUCCUGGAGGAACACACACUCCUGCCCAAACACACCUGCUGACAUGAUAGAUCACUCUGUACAGGAUGUCACACACACACACACACACACACACACGCACACACACGCAUACACACACAAAUACAGACAGUGUGACCAAAGAUAUGUGUGUUUUGGGGUUGUAAUAGUUGUGUUUAAUGUGUGUUGGGUGUAUGCUUCAUUGAUUCAGUUUCUGCAUUUUACUCAUGCUUAUAUUCUUAUAUUUACAUUGUUUAUGUUCCUUAUAUUUAUGUAAGCUUUAUGCCUAUUUUUGAUAUGUUGUCUUCUAAUGUAAAGCACAUUGAGCUUACUUGUAAUA